ACAAAAUAAAGUAAACAGAGGCGCUGUCAGUUGUCUCAGAAAUCCAGAGUCGCGACUAAAGGGAAAGAAAGAUAUUUUGCUUUUUAAUGCAUAAUAGCUGACAUUUGUAUGAGAUACUGGUGCGACUUCUAAUAAAGGAACAGGAGUGACACUGCCUGGCUAUGUUCACAGACAUGGACUAUGAAUUGGAAGAAGACAAGCUGGGCAUACCAACGGUACCUGGUACUGUGUGUCUGAAGAAAGAUGCCAACAACCUUAUUGGCAUCAGCAUUGGGGGUGGGGCACAGUACUGUCCUUGCCUCUACAUUGUCCAGGUCUUUGAUAACACCCCAGCAGCUCUGGAAGGCACGCUGGCAGCAGGCGAUGAAAUCACAGGCGUGAACGGGAAACCAGUGAAGGGAAAGACUAAAGUGGAGGUGGCCAAGAUGAUUCAAGCUGUCCAGGGAGAAGCAACGAUCCACUACAACAAACUGCAGGCCGACCCAAAACAGGGGAAGUCGCUUGAUAUAGUGCUGAAAAAGGUCAAACAUCGGCUGGUAGAGAAUAUGAGCUCGGGCACAGCAGACGCUCUUGGACUCAGUAGAGCUAUUCUCUGCAACGAUGGACUCGUCAAAAGACUGGAAGAGCUGGAGAAAACAGCAGAGCUCUACAAAGGGCUGAUGGAGCACACAAAGAGACUGCUCCGAGCUUUUUUUGAGCUUUCUCAGACUCACAGAUCGUUUGGUGAUGUUUUCUCCGUUAUCGGGGUUCGAGAGCCCCAGGCUGCAGCCAGCGAGGCGUUUGUGAAGUUUGCGGAUGCUCACCGCAACAUUGAGAAAUAUGGAAUUCAGCUGCUGAAGACCAUCAAACCUAUGCUCCAUGACCUGAACACGUACCUUCACAAGGCCAUACCCGACACAAAGCUCACCAUCCGCAAGUACCUGGAUGUGAAGUUUGAGUAUCUGUCUUACUGUCUGAAGGUGAAGGAAAUGGAUGAUGAAGAAUACACCAGUAUUGCCAUGGGAGAGCCCAUGUAUCGCGUGAGCACCGGUAACUAUGAGUACCGUCUGGUGCUGCGGUGUCGGCAGGAGGCCCGGGCCCGCUUCGCCAAAAUGAGGAAGGACGUUCUGGAGAAGAUAGAGCUGCUAGAUCAGAAACAUGUCCAGGACAUUGUGUUCCAGCUGCAGCGCUUCGUCUCGGGCAUGUCACAUUACUACGACGAGUGCUACGCCGUCCUGAAGGAGGCGGAUGUCUUUCCCAUCGAAGUGGACCUCUCCCGCACCACGAUCAACUACGGCAGCCAGUCGUUGUCCUACACAGAAGACGAGGAGGAGGAGGAGGAGUAUGAUGGGAGAGGCAGAGAGGAAGGAGGAGGGGGCAGACAAGCAGAGAACGGCGCUGAGAAACUGAUCGAUGACGAAUGAGUGUGUGUGUGUGUGUGUGUGUGUGUGUGUGUGUGUGUGUGUGUGUGUGUGUGUGUGUGUGUGUGUGUGUGUGUGUGUGUGUGUGUGUGUGUGUGUGUGUGUGUGUGUGUGUGUGUGUGUGUGUGUGUGUGUGUGUGUGUGUGUGUGUGUGUGUGUUCAUUAUUGUGGAAAUGAAGUCCACUGCUAUAUAAUAUUAAAGUCACCCAGCAGUGAUCUUUGGAGUGCAAUAUAGCGGGGAAGUGAUAAGAACUGUUUUCGAAAGGUUUAAUACUACUGAUAUGACACUCAUUGCUGCUAUAAUGCUGUAUUCUCAUCUGUCGGUGUUUGUCAUAGUAAAUUACAUCUCUUGACCUUUUCUUUUCAAACAAUGUUUUUGCUUUUCAACAGGACUGUCCUCCACACAUACAUCAUAACAAAAAGGAACGUGGAGGGGUUUUCACAUUGCAGAGCAGGAACUAUAUGCAUAUGAGUUGUGCCUUUGUAGUUCUUAGUUAAAUGAAGUCUAAUGGCUUCUGGUUUGUUUUAAUGUGCAUAUUGUGGAUUGUAAAAGUUAUACCUUGACAUUUACGUUUUUGAUUUUAUUUUUGCGUUUUGGAGAGACACUUACUUUGCUCCAUAAAAUAUUAUUUUGUGAUGAAUAGUGUCACGACAAAGACUGGAUUUUUCUCCUCAUCCUAACUUUACACUGGCAAAUGAAACUGAUGGAUGAAUAUACAAGAUGUGAAAGGAGUUGUUGAAGAUAGUGACUGACAGGUUCAAUUGUGGAAUGAGGAAUACAAACACAUGUAAAUAGGGACGUACAAGCAGAAAGGCUGUACAAACUGGUGUCAUUCCAACUUUAUUUAUUAUUUUUCUCAAAAUAUAUUUGAAAGUUUUAACGGGAAAUAUGAAUUAUAUAUUGUUGUGAAUGUAAUUAUUCAAUCAUGUGAGUCCGUUCUCUGUCUUUAAUUUUGUCUCAUGAGGGUGAAGAUGAUUUUGUGCAUUUCAAUGAUUUCCUGUUGGGGGCAAUUGCUUUCACUUUGGGGCAAAUGUUUUUCAAAUGUGUUUUCUGCAUAACUGGAAUGUCAUGCAUCUAAGGGACCUCCUAUAUGUUAUCUUCUGUUGCACCAUUUGGCUCAUAAAUGACCACAGCACCUCUUCUUGUCUUGUGCUGGGGUUAUUAAGACCUAGUUCAACGUUUGUUUUGUAUCAAAAAUAAAUAUGAAUGACUUCAA